AUGGUACUUGUGUGUGGUACUGGUAUGGUACUAGUAUUGUCCUUGUAUGGUACUGGUUUGGUACUGAUAUUAAAGACACACGCCGAAAGAGACCAACCCACACGCCCCCAGACCCAAAACGACCCCAACCCGCACGCCCACAGACCCAAAAUGACCCCAACCGCACGCCCUGAGACCACAAAAAGACCCCAACCGCACGCCCGCAAACCCAAAGAGACCCCAACCGCACGCCCUGAGACCCAAAACGACCCCAACCGCAUGCCCGCAAACCCAAAAAGACCCCAACCCGCACGCCCUCAGACCCCAAAAAGACCCGAACCCGCCCACCCGCAGACCCAAAAAGACCCCAACCCACACGCGCCUCUAGACCCCAAAAGACCCUAA